AUGGCGAGCGAAACCAAGAAGCGACGAAAGUCGCGAUCCCCGGUCCGCGACACAGCUUCGAAACGCGCGCGUGUAUCUGCAGCCAGCACGCCGGGCCGCUCUCCAUACGCUGAACGUGAAGCUCAAUCCUCCCGCGCUGGAUCGAUCAAAGACGGAUACCCAGCGCCGAAGCCAGACAGAGCGUUCUCUCUACCCACCGGAGAUGACUGGAUCUUUCGUGUCCAAGUUAUCUCGUCUGCAACAGAUCUUGGCAGUCAAGUCUUCAAGAAUGCGGUAAAAGGACUAGUUCGUAUAUGCUUCCCGGACAACAUUCUGGAUCAACUAGGGCCGCAAGUUCUGCAACAACACAUGCGUGAAGAGAAGGCUCCGGAGGCCAACAUACGCAAGAUGUUGGAGAUCUUUCGCACUGAGAUGAUACAGCGCAUGGUUCCAAUGGUCGCUAAACAUCUUCAUUCGGCUGCUGAAGUCGAUUGGGUACUACAGACCGUGUUAAUCGCGAGCGCAAGAGCUCGUGGGGAUGGAAUUGGAGAAGAUAUUUUAGGUCACGUCACUGCUAACUUGCUUCAAUCGAAAGCAAGAGCCCCAGAACACUCCACGGAAUGGCUAGCCAGCGGUAAGGCGACACGCAAGGAAGACAACAGCGACGGAGAUUUGAGCACCGACGAUGUCUUUGAUGAGGAGCCUGCGCCAAUCGCGAAAGCGAAGAAACACAAGAAACGCGACAAGAAGGCACAAUGCGUGCGCUCGACCACCCCGGAUGACAUUACGGAAGACGUUGAAAUGAAUGCCGAUCUAUCCGCGGCCUCGAACAAACACACGAUUCUGAAGUCUAAAGACAAGAAGAUCUCCUCCAAAUGGAAGUGGAACGUCGAAGCGACAGAGCUUGCAGAUGAAGACGUGGCUGAAGCGUUUCCACGCACGAGCGACUUGUUUGCUUAUCAUGCGCUACCUAUUACGAGACGGAAGCUUGGAUCGCAAGCAUCGCGGAAAGAGACACGAUGUGAGAUGCAGGCAUUGCUUGAUGGUAUGCCGCAGGAUGAGUUCGAGAAGUGGGUUGAGAGCUUACAGAAGCUUUACAACGGCGAUCGCGAAAUGCUAGUACGACAAGAUGUUGCGAGUUCAAGUGUUGACCGGCAGAUCACUCGUGCCACUCCAGCGCCGGUCGAAUUUCGCAAGAAGACUGGGAAGAGCACGAAAAUAUCAUCAAGUAGUUCGGACCAAUCGAAGGGACGUGCAACUAAUGCCGCGAUCGCUGUUGAGAAGACAGUCGUCAAAGAAGAGUCAGCAGCGGGAUCAAGUGAAAAGUUGGCCGAUCCAACAGAUGAAGCAACAGCUGCCUAUCUCCGAGCAUGCACGGAAGCACGAGACACUGGCCGGCCACUGUCCAGCGUAGAAGCAGCAGACGGGCAUACUCAAUCGGAACCUCAGAGCAAUGGUACUUUCGACAGUGUGAGUGAUCUCGGUGCUAGCAAAACAUCAUUGCGCUGA